AGAGCAAUGACGUAAUGAAGCUACAGUCCGACACAGGAAACCACAAUUCCCAAGAUGCACUUGAAAUUACCGUAGCCACUGGACGGGGGAAGGGAAGCUGAGAUUGGAGGGAGAAACAGUCAGAAACUGAGAUAUUGUGUACAUAUGACAGCCCCUCCUCAGGAUCAUACAAGAACUCUAUCCAUGAGCAACACUGGACAUCUGCACUCCUUACUUUGGACAUGUGCUGAUGUUUCAUUUGAGGCUGAAGACCUAAAACAGCUGCGGUGCACGUAAAUUAAAGUGCAACUGGACUGGUACCUGGAGGUGCAUACUGGAUUUGUCUUAAGUGCCGAAGUAAUGGAGUGUCUUGGACAGGGAGAGCCCAGCCCUGAAAAGCAAUGUCAUCAUCCAGCUUCUUUGCACCUCUGAUGGGGCUGACGAGUGCACCCACCGGCCAAGCAGAUCUGUGGCGGAGAGGAAGGAGGCAGGUUUCCAGGAAACGUGUGUAUUGAUGGAUCGCCAUUUCCUCCUGUCAGCUUUUGUAGACUGAUACCUGCACAUUCCUCUCAGUGUACACACUCAAGGUUAGACUUUGGAGUUGCUAAUCACACACAUUAUCAUCACUGUUGCACUGAAAAGGCGACUGUGAUGUGCACAACAUGGAUUUCUCCUGCCAGUGACAGUUCUGUGAAAUCAUACUGGUGACUGUGAGGUUUUCUGUGUUUAUGUGGAGAAAAGUGGAAAUACUUGCAGUCACUACAAAUGUGCACUACAGAAACCAUGGUGGUCCUUGUAUCAGCUCCUCAGCCCACCUUAGUCCAUGACUACGGAAGCCUUUAGAGCAGAUCAGGAACACCCUUGCCAGCCACCACACUCGUAUGCAAUGGAAGAAGACAUUGAUGUCACAUCCCACACUGAGGGCUUGAACGGUUUGUCUCGAGAAUGUCAACCAUUCGAGGAAAUCACCAAUGGACACUCUAACCAUAAGCCUGUCAUGAAUGGAGUGAUAAUUACUCAUAAUGUCAAAGACCACACCAACGGCAGCGCUCCACUCAGAUCCCUGCCGAUUUCAGCACUGAAGCAGAAUGGUCUUCUGCAGACCCUGGCAACCGGAGAGGAUCAGCCAAAGCCUGCAGAAGAAAAUGUGGAGUUGGAAAAGGCCAGAGAGGAGUGGGAGGCUCUGGAAAACAUCCAACCAGCUCUCACCGAGGACUCAAACCCGACCCCAAUCAUCUCCUUCAAUGAAGCCCUGCAGUACUUCCAGACCACAGACCUUGGGGACUUGCUGAAAAACAUCCAGCCAACCAUUCGCAGGACAGGUCUGGCCGCCAUCACACACUUCCUCUUCGGACCUCCACGGCUGCACAGAGAACUCCUGGAGGAGAGGGAUCUGGUCUUUGCCAUUGCACAGUGCCAUGUGGACAAUAGCCAACCAGUCCACAUGCGUGUCCUCCAGACCAUUUAUAAGAGGCUGAUAGGCAGCAGGCUGGACUGUCCUCGCUUCGGGGCGCACUGGGAAAACAUCGGCUUUCAGGGUACAGACCCAGCUACUGACCUACGUGGCACUGGCUUCCUGGGACUGAUGCAUACUCUGUACUUUGUGAUGGACCCAGAGACUCUGCCGUUGGCUAGAGACAUCUACAAGUUGUCACAACACCCUACACAGAACUUUCCAUUCAGUGUGAUGUCAAUCAACAUGACCCGCAUUGCUCUGCAAGUACUCAGAGAGGAAGCCUUGUCCAAGGAGUGCAAUCGUCGUCAGCAAGUGGUUGGUGUGCUGAAUGAGUUUUACGUUGCCACGUAUCUGCACCUGUACCAACUGUGGAAGACCCAACAGAAGACCAUUGCUGACUCUGGCUUUGUACUAAAAGAAGUGGAGCUGUUUGCCAAAAAGAACCCCAAGCAGAUGCUGCGCCGACUAGAGGUCUUCCUGAAAGAGAGGCGGGCAGGUGGAAUCCCCCGUGGGACGUCGCCAGACCCUCAGGCCCAACAGCCGUCUCCUAGCCUGGGGGAACGAGGGGCCAGAGCUGGGACCGGACAGGGAAGCAAAGGAAAGGAGAUGCACUUCACAGGAGUGUGUGAUCUACCGCCAGAUAUGGAGGGAGAGGCCAGACUCAUCUAAGCUAGACUCUGUGUGUGAAUGUAUGUGUUUGUGUGUGUGUGUGUGUGUGUGUGUGUGUGUGUGUGUGUUUGUGUGUGUUUGUGUGUUUGUGUGUGUGUGUGUGAGAGAGAGAGAGAGCAAUCAGUCCUGUUUGUGAGUAUAUCUAUGUGUGAGUGGCUUCCUCUCAGAGAGCUAGAAUCCCACCAGACCCUGAUCUAGGACCUGCUAUCUGAACCCAUUCAAACUCCUUCUACUGAUGCUGGGGUGCUGCACUUUGAUCAGAUAAAGCUUGGGGGGGAUGGAGUUAUAUGUUUUUGGUUUUUUUUUUAUAUAUAUAUUUUUUUUUUUAUUGAUUAAUUUAUUUUUUUUAAACAGAGAACAUAUAACCGACAAUAUAAAGCGCUGAUGCAGGUCAGAAACACAAGAUGUCACAAAAAACAACAAGAAAGUGAAUGUUUGCACUUUUGUGUGGAUUUAGUAGCCAAAUCAAUAGCUGCCAAAUUCUUGUGGUUGAACUCUGCCUGCCUAGAAGUUCAGAACGUACACACUUGUGUCCCGAGCGUCCCUCAGUCAGGGUAUGUUAGCAUUGCAGAGGGAGCAUGGCAUGGAGUGGCUUCUUAACAGGCUUGGCGUUCUCUCUCAUUCCAAGUUAAAGCUCCACGCAAACGGCUCAUAAUGCAAGCUAAAGGCAGCAUUCAGGCAUAAUGUUAAACGCUCGGUUAACUUUAUGUUGAUAAGAGAGAAAUGAACCAGAGCUACAGAGCAAACACAAGCAGGUUUUUUUUCACAGCAUGAGUGGAGAGUGGCGAAUAGAAAAAACCCAGAGAGGUUACAGAUUUUUUUGAGCGGGGAGCAGAAAUUGCGAGUAGAGGCUGUUCUCAUAUAUCGUAGAGCAGACUUUGAAUGCAGCUUGCGUUGAAGGUCUGAUCACUCUGCAUUCUCUGUUAGAUUGCGGAAGAAAUAAAUGUUAUGUGAAAGAUGUAGAAGAAUGCAUACUCGGUCCAGAUGUGUGGAGGUAUAGCCAGCUGUUGUACUCAUGGUUGCCAGGCGUCUGCUAGACUAGGUCAAGAGCUCCCACUUAAUAUGGGGGAAUUUAUUUUAAAUAAUUUAAAUAAUAACUAUUUUAGUCUUUUUCUGAAGGGACAGCUGUCAUAACUUUAGAACUUUGUUAUUAAACUGAUGGCUGAGUGACUGUGAGAAGGAUUUUUAAAACAGUAAAGUUCCACCAGAACAUCUGAAAUCCUCUCAACUUUCGCGGUUAAAGCAGAAGAGACAUUUCAUAACAGAGUCCGUGUGUUUUGCUUGGUCCCGGCUGAAGUAAAAGUCUGGUAUGAGCUUUCUCUACAUUCCGUUAUAAAGCAUGUGAUUGUAAUUUUUUUUGACCAGUUCAAAAUUUAUUCCAGUGUGCGUGCGUGCGUGCGUGCGUGCGUGCGUGUGAAACGAGAUGACUGUGCUGAUAUUGAUGAAGGGUGCCUCUCCUCGGAGAUGUAUGGUACAGUAUGCAAUCGCAGCUCUUACUCAAUGAUAAUCAAAACGACAGUGCUGUGUGAUGAUAGAAAUCGUUCCUAACUUCAGGGUUUGUGCGUAUGUGCGUGGGUGUGCGCUUGCGUGCGUGUGUGUUUGCGUGUGUGUGUGUAUGUGUGCGUGUGCGUCAUAUGACAGGAACUGACUACAGAUGGGGUGCUUUCCUCUGCACACACAAUAAGCCAGCUUUACUAAGUACUUGAUCCAUCAAGCUGCAAAGACGGUACUUUUUUCAUUUUCAAAAUGGUACAUAACAUUUUUGAGGACAAGACUUAAACUGAGAGAACACACUCUUUGGUUUGCUUCUGUAAUAACCACACUCUAGGUCUGGACUAGGUAUGCAGCGAUUAUAGAUUUUGAUGGUACGAUUACAGUCUGAGGAAAAAUUCUGGUUUCAAGAUUACAAUGCAUUAAUUUAUUUCACAACACUAUGGCAGUAUGAAAUCACAUCAGCAUUUUUAACCCAAGGUUUUAUUUUGUUUUGAUCCCACAACAUUUAUUAGUUGGCUUUAGGUUUUAACAGUUGCUGUCUUUCAAUAUGGAAAUAAUACAGUCAGAAAUAAUACAUACAAAAUAAAGUAAAAAUCAAAGUGUUGGACCUUUUAAGCAGCACCUUUUUUCGGCAAGCUUUGAAGAUUGGUCAUGAUUCUUUGUGUAUCCCAAAUGCUCUUUUAGCGACAACUCAAGGUUUUUUCUGCAGUGUUGGGACCCUCAGUAACUGUUUAGUGAGCAUCACCAUCCUAGUGACAGCGUGUGUAACUUGAACUUUUCUUGCAUGGCAUUUUGGUGGUCUCAUUCAAUAAAGCAUGGGCUAUGUUCAGACUGCCAGCCCAAAUCAUUUUUUUUUUUUUUGGUAUCCCGAGUAUAUCCAGAUUGAAUUUAGAAAGUCUGAAAAUAAAAAAAAAACACCCUUUAAAUGCCUUUUUUGCAUAUUGAAUUAAAACCACACUUGGAAGUACUUUGUACUGAUGUGUGUCAGUCGAGAAGCUCUGGCCGUUAUUGGAUUUCGAAGUGUCUUUUUUAGUGCCACACACAACGUCAAAUCCAGAGAGACAGAAGUGCAUCAGAGCAGCUGGGCAGAAUCCGUGCUACUACUAGCAGAAAUCAACUGUCUGCCCCCCUGACUUCACGAUGCCAAUGAGUGCAGAGUGUGAUGAUUCCAUGUUGGAAAGCUGCAUUACCAACGUACAGAGAUACUGGUGCCUAAGUGGUUACCACAGCAACCCAUGCAGAUAUGUAUGUUGUUGUUGUCUGGACCCCAAAAUCAGAUCCGAUCACUUCAAAAUAGCAGUGCGGACGCAAACAAAUUGGAUUCCCCUGCUAAACAUAGACAAACAUAGCAGAUGAUUGGUUACAAGUAAUAGCCUGUCAACACUGAAUAUUCAGAAUCUUUAAAGUAUCCAGUAACCAAAGUUAUCCCUAUGAUUUUUGGUUUUCUUUUCUCACUGCACAUCCAUUAUUCACUGAAAUAAAAUAUACCAUAGUGUCUCUUUUUUGAGAGUAUGAACCUUAAAACUCAGUGUAGGUGAGCCUUAAAAAAAUCACUAUGUCGGUAAAACGUGGUAAUAGUGAAAACUGUUAAUCGCUGCAUCCCUAUUCUGGACACGGCUGUGCGGCCUGGAGUGGGUAGAGCUGCUCAGCAAAGCUGGUUCCUGCUUUGUGCUAAUGUGAAACCACCUCCAAUCAUUGUAGUCUCAAUCAGUAGCAUGUUCAGGUAGCACUAGUACUGUAGCAUCCUAUAGCCUCCUCUUCUUCGUAAAGCUUGUUGAUGUCAUGUCUCAGUUACAGUCUGUAGUGUCAUGAGUGCGCAAACUGUUACUACUAUAGCACAUUUAUUUCGUAUUUGCAUCAAGUCUCCUUCAGUAGACACACAUUAAGGUGGCGCAGCGUACGUUUUGAAGAGAUGUGGGAUUGGCUUGACAUGUUAUUGACUUUGUCUUCUAAGAAGGUAAAAGUAAAAACGGUGCCUACAUCCAGUGGAGCCAUGUGAGGUAGAGUGCUGCUCGGUCCUCGCUUCCCCCCCCUUUUUUUUUUUUCCUUUCAUUUGAGCCACCGUGCCACAGUAGACUCCCUCCAAUCAUGUAACUCACUUAAAAGAGUUGACCCUUAUAACAUGCAGGCCUAAUGGAUACAUACAUAAAAUACACAGGCAUGUACAUUUUCUGUUGACAUUUGCUCGUACUCAUGCUUUGCCAUCUCCGUUCUCCACCAAAUGAGCUGUUGUAGUUUAGCCAAUUGUUUGCGAGUGUUUUGACUGAACAGGAAAAUUUGCACUGUUGUAGAUAUUUGAUAGUAUGUGUGACGUAUGCAAGAGGAAACAGGCCAUCUUCAAUAGCCAUAAUGUCCAUUAUCGCCCAUCUCAUUGCAAAACAGGCUUCGCGGAUUCCCCUCCUUGCUCUAAAAAAAAAUAAAAAAUUGCACCACGGAUAUAAUCUCACAUUUAGUUUUAUUAAAUUUUAAGCUGAGGAGCAGUACAGUGUAUGUAAAUCAGGAAGUUUGUAUAUAGAGAAUUAAUGAUUGUAACUGUAUGAUUGUCUGUAGGGCAUUAUACUGAAACACAUUGCUUACCUCAAGACUUGAGACAAAUCUCUCCUUUCCCUCUCCUGAUGUUAGUUUGGCCUCUUAAGUCAGACUCUUUUUUUUUUUUUUUUUUUUUAAUGUUUCCUUCCUCCUAGGCCUUCUCUCAUACCAAUUGGACAUGUUAUAUAAUGUAUAUUCGACACCUGAAGCACUACGUAAUAGCAAACUAACACAAAAGCUGGUCAAUGUUACGUGUAUUCUAUUUAAAGACACAUUUAUAGACACUAUAUAGGCCCUCACACGCUCUGAUGCACAGCUGCAGAUAAAAAUUCCUUUUUUGAAACGAUCUAUAAUUGGCUGAUGUUUACCAUGUUUGAAAUAAGCUGGUUUUCUUGUGGCUUCAGUGAUAGUACAGUAUACUUUUGCUGUGUUUAAGUGUUCGAUGUCCGGAAAACACUCAGAAACAACUUUACAGCUACAGUCACAAACAAACAGUUCAGUAUAUGAUUGUAAAGAUAUAGGCUUGAUUAGCAGUCAUAAUACGGUGUAUGCUUUGACCUUGGUAUAUAUUCAGUAUCCGAACAAGGCCUGAUUUAUCCUCUCAUGUUACCAAAAGUUAUAUUUUCAGCAGUUGUAAUAGAUCAUAUUCUUAUGCGUUGAUCAUCAUUUGGAAUCUCCUCAGUUGUGAAACCAGAACCAAGAGAAAAAAAACAAAACAAACAAAAAACGGGUUCUUGCAGGAUGUCGGAUGCUCUGAGAGGUGUGGUGUGUGAAGGUCUGCUUCCUACAGCAGCAGCAGCAGAAGCAGCAGCUCGGCAAAUACAAUCACUUCUCUCAAGAUCCUGCGCUUUAUAUGAAGGUGUUUUACUGUUGCCGUCGUUGUCAUGUCCCUCAGAGCAUUUUAUGACUGUACCUUGAUUGUAGAAGCCCUAUUUUAUACUGAGAGUUAUUUCAGAAUACAGUAUGUGCUGUUGUACAUUAAAUGUAUUGUAUGGAGAAAGCUAAAUAAAUGCUGUUUAAAAACUAA